AUGAGUUUCUGUAGUCAGUCCCUUUGUACAAAAGGACAACUGAGAGAAGCUAUGGAGCUUCUCUCAAUAUUUCACCAUGUCACCAUUCAAAAGUUAAAGAAAAAAGGGAGGCUAAGAACACAUACAAGCACAAAUCACCCAACCUUGACAUCCAACCACAAGAUAGUAAGACUAAAAUGGAUUUUAAGUCAUCUGCUGCAUGCUGAACAGAAUGCUAACCCAAAGUUUGAGGAUAUGCAGCAAGUCAUACCCAUAGAUGAAAAAUGGUUCUACUUGAACCCAGAAACAAGGAGGUUCUACCUGCUGCCAAAUGAACCAAAUCUAUAUAGGUGCAUGUUCAAAAGAUUCAAGGUAAAAGGCAUGUUCAUGGCAAUGAUUGGCAAGCCAAUUUUUGACACCCAUGGACAUGUGCUACAUGAUGGAAAGUAUGGAAUCUUUCCAUUUGUUUAUGAGACCAUUGCAAAGAAAAAAAGCAAGAACCGAGAAGUUGGAGCUGUGGAAAUGAAGGCAACUCAAAAUGUAAACAAGGAGGCAAUCAAGGCAAUGCUUCUCAACAAUGUAAUUCUAGCAAUAAAAAGUAAAUGGCCACCCCAUCUGUCUAAGGACAUAUGGAUUCAGUGGGAUAAUGCUAGACCUCAUCAAAUUCCUAAGGAUGAGGAAUUCAUUGCUGCAUGUCAGUCAGAUGGGUUCAACAUUCAGUUCAUUUACCAGCCAGCACAGUCACCUGACUUGAAUGUGCUAGAUCUUGGCUUGUUCAAUGUCAUACAGUCCAUACAGUACCAAUCAUUCCCUAAGAACUUGGGGGAACUCGUAGACAGGGUCAAAGAGGCUUAUGGCUUGUUUAAUCCAGUAUUGAACAAGUACAGUUGGAUAACACUACAAUGUUUCAUGGAAGAAAUCCUCAAUCAUCUAGGUGGGAAUAAUUUUACCCCACCACACAAAGGGAAGAAAAGGUUGGAAAGACCUAGCUUGGUUCAACAAGCUGUUGAUUAUCUCAACACUUUAUUCAUAUCAAUAGGUGAAGGCAAUGAAGAGGAUGAAGGCAUGCAAGUUCAUGCAGACUGA